AUGUCCCCAAAACCUCUAUAGUCUAUAUAACCCACCUCAUAGUUGUUAAAGACAAAACCAAAGAAAAAUCACAAGGCCUAAGAAAUGGAAGCUAACAAGAAACAAGGAAAACAUUUUGUUCUAGUACAUGGUGCAGGCCAUGGAGCUUGGUGUUGGUACAAGCUAAAACCAUUGCUAGAGGCUGCAGGCCACAAGGUCACUGCUCUUGAUUUAGCAGCCUCUGGGAUUGAUUUGAGAAAAAUAGAGCAACUUCACACACUUCAUGAUUACACUUUGCCAUUAUUGGAAUUAAUGGAAUCUCUUCCACAAGAGGAGAAAGUCAUAUUAGUUGGACAUAGUCUUGGUGGUAUGAAUUUAGCACUUGCUAUGGAAAAAUACCCAAAAAAUAUCUAUGCUGCUGUUUUCUUGGCUGCUUUUAUGCCUGAUUCUAUUCACAUCUCCUCCUAUGUUUUGGAUCAGUACAAUGAACGGACACCAGCAGAGAAUUGGUUAGAUACUCAAUUUUUACCAUAUGGUACCCCUGAAGAGCCACUCACAUCCAUGACUUUUGGUCCCAAAUUUUUGGCUGAUAAGCUCUACCAGUUAAGCCCUCCUGAGGAUGUUGCAUUAGGAUUAUCAUUAGUGAGAACAAGUUCUCUGUUUCUGGAAGAUUUGUCAAAGGCCAAGUAUUUCACAGAUGAAGGAUAUGGAUCUGUGAAGAGAGUUUAUGUAGUGUGUACAGAGGAUAAAGGCAUAUCAAAAGAAUUUCAACAAUGGCAAAUUGAUAAUAUUGGUGUUACUGAAGCAAUGGAAAUUAAAGGUGCUGAUCAUAUGGCAAUGCUAUGUAUGCCCAAAAAACUUUGUGACACUCUCAUGGAGAUUGCAGAUAAAUACAAUUGAUCCAUCUCAUGUUGUUCCGCGUUAAAUAAUUGAUUUGAAUAAAUACUUUUGUAGCUUUCAUCGCAGAAUUAUAUUGUAUAUGUUUGUGGUGUGUUUGUUCUAUGUAUUUGAUGAUCUAAGAGUGUGGUGAGAUAAUAAAACUACGUCAGUUCUUGUAAUGACAAUUUACUUUUACAAUUUUUAUGUCUAAUUUACACUAAUUGAUGCUG